GAUUUAGACACUUUGCUGAAAGACUGGUCAGCAUUUUCCACCAUGAUAGAUGCCAAGUAUCAUCUCAAACCUGGAAAUAUUCCAAGGAACAAGACUUUCAUAUUUUAAAACACUAUUCAGGAUGGAAUGACACUUUCUGAUAAUGCAAUCUAGUAAAAGUGUGAACACUCUAACCUCAUACAAAAUAAGAGCAUCCACUUUAAAAAUGAGAAGCUUCCUAAAGGGAUGCGUUGGCUGAUCAAAGCAGACUUUUUCUUUUUCAUUAUCUCAUAAUGCUGCCUCUUUUUUUAAAUUAAAGUGGCAAUAAAUCUGCACAAACCUUACGAUCUGAGUUCUAAUUUUCAGUUCUCUUCUUGAUGUGGUCAAGACUGAGUUCCAUUGGAGACGAAAUUAGGAGUCGCACCUGCACGUUGAAAUGAUCUUUAUAAAUUAUCACUAACACUGAUCUCCGCAGCCUUCUGUGAGUAAUGAAAUAAUCGGUACACACAUAAAUAAAUAAAUAUGUUGGUACAUUGAGCAGCUUGGGGUGGGGACAAUAGUGUCCAAACACGUAAUGAUGGGCUAAUCCCCUCGCAUGCGUAAUUGGAGCUGGUGCCAAGGGCAGGGAUUCAAAACCAACUGGCCAUCUGCGCAACGGACGCAGUUCGUUCUGACAGGAACUCGCGACGCAUCGCCCGGUUCACAUCUUUUACGCACAACGCGGACGCGCAGAAUACAUCAUAGUCCGAACGGCUCUCUGUCACAUGAUGUCGCUUCCACUUGCAGCACGCCACAGGGGGCAGCUGUGAGCCUUCUCUUUUCAUCCUUCUUCUUUACGUACCUGUACUGCCCCCCACCCCCCGACCCACCGGACCUACAGCGCUGACUAAUCUCUCGCUUCCCCGCCGCGCGUAAAACCCGGCUUCGGCGCAUCACGGGGAGUUUUUGGAGCUCUAACGUCAAGAUGGAAAACUUUACAGCGGCCGCUCCGGAGCUGAACGGAACUCUGGGUUGGUGGACGGACUACAGCAUCCAGUACAAAGUGAUCAGCAGUGUGCUGCUUCUGGCGAUCUGCGCGUCGGGGAUCGUCGGCAACGUGAUGGUUGUCCUGGUGGUGCUCACGACCAAACACAUGAGGACUCCGACCAACUGCUACCUGGUGAGUCUGGCGGUGGCCGAUCUGAUGGUGCUGACCGCAGCCGGCUUGCCGGCGUUCACCGACAGCAUCUUCGGGUCGUGGGUGUUCGGCUACUACGGCUGCCUCGGCAUCACCUACUUCCAGUACCUCGGGAUCAACGCGUCCUCGUGCUCCAUCACCGCGUUCACUAUAGAGAGGUACAUCGCCAUCUGUCACCCGAUCAAAGCGCAGUUCCUGUGCACGCUGUCCCGGGCCAAAAAGAUCAUUCUGGUGGUGUGGGCGUUCACGUCUCUGUACUGCGUGAUGUGGUUCUACCUGUCGGACCUCCAGCAGCUGGUGUAUGACAACGUCACCAUCAUCGCGUGCGGGUACAGGGUCCCCAGGAAGCUCUACCUGCCGGUUUACUUCUUUGACUUCGCCGUCUUCUUCGUGGUUCCGCUGCUGCUCUCCGCGGUCCUGUACGGACUCAUCGGCCGGAUCCUCUUCCUCAACCCGCUGCCCUCCGACCCCAAGGACAAGAAGAAGAAGAAGACGAAGAAAAACGCGCCGAGCAACGGCGCCAACGACACGAGGAACAGCUGCAGGAACUCGCGCCACUCCAGCUCCACGGCGACCUCGCGCCGACAGGUGACCAAGAUGCUGGCCGUGGUGGUGAUCCUGUUCGCCGUGCUCUGGAUGCCGUACCGCACCCUGGUGGUGGUCAACUCCUUCCUGGACCACGCCUACCUGGACAGCUGGUUCGUGCUCUUCUGCCGCGUCUGCGUCUACCUCAACAGCGCCGUCAACCCGGUCAUCUACAACGCCAUGUCGCAGAAGUUCCGCGCCGCCUUCCGCAAGAUAUGCGGCUGCGGGAGGAAAGGCUGCGACAAGCCCGCCGCCUACAGCGUGGCCCUCACGUACAGCGCGGUCAAGGACACGUCGAUGGCGGAGAGCGCAGACCCCUUCGCCACCGAGCUGGAGGAGCUCACCGUCACGGACGAGCUGCUGUCCGACCAGAAGAUGGCGUUCCCGGACACCGGCGCGUACGGGAAGGUGGACUUCAGCGAGGCAUGAGGUCCGUCCUAGGCCGCGCCGACGAUUUCAGAAGAAGAAUCAGGGAGAGAUCGAAAACGUCGUGUGUUGGUUUCUGCGAAGUGGGAACAGGGUUUCUUGCUGAACUUUGCAAAGCCGGGGCGGCUCUUGGUUGGACUCGUCGAUACGGAUCACAGCCACUGAUGCGUAACGAGAGGCUCUACAAGGACGUUGUAAAGCGGCAAAGGCCAGCAGAUAAGCCCUCAGUCACGCGCGGCUGUUAUCUCACCUCGGACAUGCCUACGUGACAAACUGCGUGUGGGUCAACAGAAACACGAACACACCGUGUCCACUUCACACGUACGGCCGA